GGGUAAGUCACAUGGGUAUCUGGUUCGAGUAGGAGAAAGUUUUUUUUACAUUAACUGGACGCGACGUCGACGAGGCAUCUCUCCCGAUUGUCGCUCCGCUGCCGGAUCCACAAACCACCCAGUCGCUGCGGAAGACCACGCCCGCCGGCCGGCUGAGCAGACAUCCUGAUAAUUUCUGAAACCCUAGGUUUCGAGUUGCGGACGGUUCGGUUAUGGAACUCCUGCUUCUGGGAACAACUUUGUUUGAUCCGCUUGUUGUGCUUAAGAGAUUCUGGUUGUUUGCUUCCUUUGCGAGUGAUUGAACGAGUGCCAAAACGAAGCCAUGUCUGCUGCCACUGCCGGAGCGGCUGCAGCAUCGUCAAUUUCUAACAGCAGUGCUUCUCUGAGUUUAGACACCAAUGGGAAACCAAAUACACGGAGGAGAACAAUGGUAGUUGUUGAGAAGAGAUUAACCAAUGAUGGUCUUACUGAAGGAGUAAAUGGGGUUUUGAAUGGGAAGGAUCUGAGCCAUACGAUAAAAGGAGAAUCUGUGGUUGAGAGAAUGAAAGACUAUUCCAAGUUGAAGAAAGGGCUGAUUACUUCAUCCAACGUAUCUCCACGACACAGAAGAGAUGCCCCAAAACCUGUAAAGCCCAAGUGGCAGACUGUUCUGAGUGUUCUUACCAAGAAUUGUCUGCUUCUUACUUCACUUUUGUGGUUGGGACAGACUAUAUGGAAAUGGACUUACAACACUCGUGAUAAUGUUAAUUCGCCCUUUGUUGCUUUGGAGUACGAAAGUAGAAUUUCUGAAGUUGAGACAUCUUUAAAGAAGACUGCCAAGAUGUUACAGGUCCAGUUAGAUGCAAUUGACAAGAAAAUUGGGAGUGAGAUUGGCAUGGCGACCAAAGAAUUCAUUAAGCGAAUCGAAAGUCAAGGUACAUUAUUUGAUGAUGGGUUCAAGAAGUUGGAAUCCAUAACUGAUUCUUUGGAGAAGUCUUUGGGUGAGUUGAAAGAAUUGGGUCUCAUUUCAAGAGAAGAAUUUGAGAAACAUGUCGACGAGUUACAGAACAGCAAAAGUGUAGACGAUAGAAGUAGAAAUCUGGAUUUGGAUCAAAUUAGGGUUUUCGCAGUGAAUGUUGUUCAGGAAGAGAUAGAAAAGCAUGCAGCUGAUGGGCUUGGAAGAGUUGAUUAUGCUUUAGCUUCUGGCGGGGCUAAGAUAGUUAGGCACUCAACACCUUAUGGUUUUAAGAAAGGUACCAAUUCACAUAAGAUGCUGACACCGAGCUUUGGAGAACCUGGACAGUGUUUUUCUUUGCAAGGAAGCAGUGGAUUUGUUGAGAUUAGGUUAAGAACAGGGAUAAUUCCUGAGGCUAUCACUUUGGAGCAUGUCGCGAAGAGUGUAGCAUAUGACAGAUCGACUGCCCCAAGAGAUUGUCGUGUAUCUGCCUGGUUUGAGUCACCCAAAGAUGGCCUAUCGAGUAACCCCAACCAGGUUGUCACCUUAACCGAGUUCUCCUAUGAUCUAGAGAAGAGCAAUGCACAAACCUUUGACGUCAAGGCAAGCAACUCUGGCAUUAUUAACAUGGUUAGGUUCGACUUCACCUCCAACCACGGGAACUUGGCUCAUACCUGCAUCUACCGAUUCAGGGUGCACGGUUAUGAACCUGGCUCUCCUUCAGCUAUGGGUUUGUAGGACUGAGAGAGCAUGCUGGUGUAUUAGCUUGUACUCUUUUUUUUUUUGUUUCUAAAUCAGGUAUGUUGCGGUAAUGAGAUGAACGUUACCCUUAAUCGUUAUUGUAGUUUAGUUGUGACCUGUAUAAUGUUUUCCUUCACAUUUUAUUGGAUUAUGUGGAUGGUGUCUAGCUAA